AUGUACCCUACAAAAUUGGAUCUUGAUGAUAGUAGGAAACUACAACCAAGACGUGCUGGACUGACGAAACAUUAUCGUCAACACCUAUUGCAAUCAGUUAAUCGACCAAAGAAGGAAGGACAACCUGAGAUGCCUUCUAAGGCAGGGAUAGAAACAGGAAUAGGAACAGGAACAGGAACAGGAACAGGAACGAAGACCCUUGCGAACAAUGCUAAUAUUGUCAAAAUAUCUGGCGACGCCAGCGAUGCCAACCCCACAAGAUCACAGAAGCGAGAAGAUAAGGGGUCGGACAAAGAGAAUCAACUAAGGUCAUUGGCUUCCUCUGCCAUGAAGAAUACAAUUUUAAUUGAGGAUGAUGAUGAUAUUCGACUCCCCGAUGACUCGGACGACGGUCCAAAGUAUGCCGGCGACUCUUCCGACGACGAAUUACCUUCAAGAGUCAGCGCGGAUAUGACGAAAACAUCGUUUGGACCAAAGAAGAACGAGUCGAGUCAAACGUCUACUAAAUCCCCGGUCCCCAGUCGAAAAAAUACAAGAACGAAGCUAUCUGAGCCAAUGUCAAGUACUGGUGUUAAGAGAAAGAAGGAAGAGGAUGACUUAAAACAUGAUCCAAAGGUGGAUCUAUUUGGCAACAUGCAGAGUGGCAAGAAGAAGCUUAAAUCAUACAUGCAGGUAAACAAGGAGCACGAAGCCCUCAAACCUGGUGCCAAUAACAUAUCGGUGAAGAAGUACGGGAAAAAGAAGACCACCACAUAUGGGAAGAAGCCAUCGCCGGCUAAAGUUUUCAAAAAUUACGGAAAUAGUUCCCCGAGUCUGGUGAGCGAUGAUGGAAAGGAAAAACUCCAAGACUAUACAACAGACACACCGACGAGAAAACAAAGUCCAAUUAAAGGUGGCUUGAUACGACCGGAUUUCAGUGAUGAUGAUUCCUUGGAUUUGGAUUAUUUUACCAAAUUACAAUCGGGUUCCGCACCCUCACCAAUACUAUUCAAACAACUUCAGCGAUACGACGAUGAUGAUAUAAUGGAUGGAGCGGAAGAACUGGCUAAGAGGCUAAAUCCGGAAACCAUUAUUGGCAUGGAACGUUUCGAGAGGGAAGAUAGUUUAGAUCUUGAUGAUUAUAUAGGAUCUCGUUGUCCCAUGUGCAACGAACCUGUGGCUGCUGAGGAUUUGGAAGCUUUUGGGGAAAUGAACACUCGGAAGCAAGAGAAAUUCUGUCUAUCUCAUCAACGAAAGAGUGCGCUUUCAGAUUGGGAGUCUAAGGGGUACCCAGAUAUCGAUUGGACAGCUUUGGAUUCUCGAAUUGCCAGUCAUCAUACAUUCAUCAAGAAGAUAAUCGAUGGUGCAUCUUGUCAUUCUCGUAGUGUUCUAGAUGAGACGAUCAGAGCUGGAAAAGAUCGAAAUUUGAUGAAAAGUACCACGAAUCUCAUACCCGGAUACUAUGGUUCUCGAGGUUUACGUAUCAUUUCCGAAAAUAUCAUGAACAAGUUCACGCCAAAGCUAAAGGAGAGAGCACCUAUCGACCGUCUCAUUGCAGCAAGAGGCCCAACUGCGUUCGUGGAAUCAGUGGUCGUACCUGAAGUUACAGUUCUCUUGAUCAAAGAAGAUAUGAACGUCGCGGAUGAAGAAGCAAGGGAGAUAUUGAAAGAGAGUUGCGAAAUGGGAGAGUUGGUUAAUGAGGAGAUCAAAGAUGUUGUCAAGCUUAAGCCUAAGAAGAGGAAACAGGUUAAAGACAGCGAUGGUGAUGAGGAUGAGGAUGAGGACGAGGAUGAGAAUAUUUUCGACUUUUAA